AAAUAAUUAUAUGCGCAGCAUCUUCGCAUAUACUAUCAUAGAUGGCACGCCAGCAGGUUAACAUCCAAAUGGGACGUGCCCAUAACGAGGACGCGCCUGUAGAUGCUCCGCCUGACGCCGGCGCGCCUCGGGCAGGACAAGACCCCGACGGUACUGGCAAUCCUCCAGGAGCAGCUGCUGGUGGUGGUGAUGCCAGCGCCGAUGAUACGGCAGCGCCGCCCGCGGCCGAGGACCGGACGGUGGCGGCGGCUCAGCAAGCUACAGAAGACGCGGAGUAUCUGCACAAGAUGCGCGGGUGGCUCAUGACGGUAGCCACGCUCUUGGUCGGCUUCGCGUUCCAGGCGGCGAUGCACCCGCCUGCUUGGAUGCCCAAGGACUUCUUCAUAUAUUUUGUUAGACCCGAUCUUGGUCAACCCGUCGCUUCAGACUCCACGACCACCGACGCUUGUAACUCCAGGACGGAAGUUGCUAUCCAGGAGCGUAGGACUAUUACCACGCCCACAGAAGGAGGUAUUACGGUACCUCUUUUCUUCCUUUCCACCAUGUUUACCUUCGGGACAGGACUGCAUCUGGUGCUAGAGCUGCUGGUAAUGAAAAUGGCCCCAUCUAGAAGUGACAUGAAACUCAUUACAACAAGAGUGAGGAGUCUCGCCUUAUAUGUGACAAUGACGUUCGCCUGUGGUAUCUCUGCCAAUCCAUACGCCACUUUAUUUGUUCUUGGGUUUUUCAUCGUGUACUGCCUUUUCUUCUUCGUUUGUAGAAGAAUACUAGAGAGUAGUGAGCCGCGGCGCGCCGCGCGCCGUUAGUUCGUUUGAAAUUAAAUGUGCUUUUAUGGAGUUCUUCAGAAUUGUUGUACGUUUUGCAUAUGUGUAUCUUUAUAGUGAACGAAAGAAUAAUUGUGUGGUA